AUGGAUUUCCAGAACCGAGCAGGCUCCAAGUUCGGCGGCGGCGGUGUCGCCUCCCAAUCCGCAACCAAUGCAGACCGUCGCGAACGUCUUCGCAAGCUCGCGUUGGAAACAAUUGACCUCGAUAAAGAUCCAUACUUCUUCAAGAACCAUGUCGGCAGCUUCGAGUGCCGCCUCUGUCUCACAGUCCACCAAAAUGAUGGCUCCUACCUCGCUCACACCCAGGGCCGCAAGCACCAGACCAACCUCGCCCGCCGCGCCGCCCGCGAGCAGCGCGAGAACAAAAAUCAGGACCCGGCCUCUCUCCCGGGGGCUAUGGGCGUGCAGGUCAAGAAGCAGACUAUCAAGAUUGGCCGGCCGGGAUACAAAAUCACCAAGAUUCGGGACCCCUUGACGCGACAGACCGGCCUCCUCUUCCAGCUACAGUUUCAGGAGAUCACACCAGGCGUGAUGCCGCGCGUGCGUUUCAUGUCGGCGUAUGAGCAGAAGGUUGAAGACCCGGAUAAGAACUUCCAGUACCUGAUUGUUGCGGCGGAGCCGUAUCAGAGCUGCGCGUUCAAGCUCCAGGCCAAGGAGAUUGAUCGCCGGGAUGGUAGAUAUUGGACCUGGUUUGAUGAAGACAGCAAGGAGUUUUGGUUGCAAAUUAUGUUCAAGACUGAGCGUGAGGAGCGAUUCAGUGGUGUGCCUGGAUUGGCGCCCCUACGGACGUGA